UGCUGUUACAACGGCUGCAUCUACGCCUGCCUGGAGUCAGUACAACCUCCACCCGUGCUGGACUGGUUGGUGCAACCCAAGCCACGGUGGUUAGGAGGGAACGGCUGGCUAUUAGAUGGACCAGAAGAGGUUCUGCAGGCUGAGGCCUGCAGCACCACAGAGGAUGGAGAUGAGCCUUUGCUCUGCCCAACUGGUUACGAGUGCCACAUUAUCAAGCCGGGAAACCCAUCAGCUGGGAUCCCAAACCGAGGCCAGUGCAUCAAACAGCGUGGAAACUCAGAUGGACGUAGCCUGAGACACAAGUCCUUCAAAGAUUACAAGGAUUAUUUAGGAAGUAACUCCAACAAUGCAGUGAGCUAUGAGAAACAUCAGCACAAGCAUUUGGGCUGAGACAGGUGAGUUGAGUUUCACUUUAGGUGACUGAAAGUUAACCAGUAACCGGUGACCCUUAUACUUGAACCCCAACCAUCAAAUCCAACAGAACUGCACAAGCCUUUCUCUUCAGCUCAAACCAGAGAUCGGUUCAUAUCUGGUGCUCUUUUUCUUAGGCGCUUAAUGUGGAGUGACAGAAAUGCAAAGCUAAAAUUUCCUACCUCUUAUAAAAGCCAAAAACAGACCACAGAAAGUAUCAAAGAACUUAUACAAUAACAUGUCUUAUACAUAUGCCUACUUCGGGUAAAAAAGCAGAAUUAACUAUAUGUGAGUUGUGUUGAAGGAAGAUACUUUGUGUGGUUUUUAUGCUGCUGAGUCUGAACUCUUUUUUUUCACUUUAAACACCAAAAACAGCUAGUUAAUGUAUGCUGAA